AUGGUGAAGGUGAACCUGGCAGGGAAGAUUUUAUCUUCCCAAGCAGAGUUGAUGGACACCCCGGCCUAUAGUGACUGUGGCGGCCUCCUCACAGAACAUUUGGGCAAGAUCUCCAACUAUGUUGGGCCAAAAACUGUUUGUGUCUGGACCAUCCAGGAGAACCCAGGUCUCCAUGUUGCUCUGGUAAUACCUGCCCUCAACCUCACCUGUAAUAAAGAGUAUUUGGAAAUCCAAGAUGGACCUCCAGGAUCUGAAAGCUACGGGAAGAUUUGUGAAGGUUUAGUUCUCACGUUUCAUUCUUCUUCCAACAUCAUGACCAUCAAGUACACCAGAAAAUCCGACCACUCAGCCUCUCCCUUUGAUGUAUAUUACUAUGCUGAUUCAAAAGACGACACCGGCAUCCUCGUGGUGACCACAGUUGUGGCUGUUCCAGCCGUUGUGGCUGCAGCUCCACAGGUCGGACUCGUGUCCUGA